AUGGAGUCAAUUAAGGCCAAGUGUACCGCAAAAAAUCUCGUGAAUGAGAAGCCUGCCCAGAAAACACCGCUUAGCAUCAGCAUUUCGGAAAAACACAAGGCUCAACUUCGCGAGGCGUUUGACCUUUUUGACUCAGAAGGGACGGGACGAAUUAAGGCGUUGGAUGUGAAAGUGGCGCUUUGUGCUCUCGGUUACGAUGUAAGUAAAGAGGAGUUGACUCAACUGCUUAAACAGGUGGGUGGUUCUAUCGUUGGCGGGGUGGACUUUAAUGAGUUUUACUGCGUCCUUCUUGCGAAGAUGAUGCAGCGCGAAAGCAGAUCCGAGGCAAUUCGAGCUUUUAGGCUCAUAGAUGUUGCAGAGAAGGGUUACAUUUCCGUAGAUGAUCUUCGUCCUAUUGCCGACUCGUUGGAGAUGGAUCUGACAGAUGACGAGCUGGCGGAGAUGGUGCUCUUUGCUCAUCCUCCCGUUGGUUUUGGAAAAAAUGAGAACGACAUCAAGGAGCCAUUGACAGUGAGCGAAGAGGAAUUUCUAAAGCUUAUGGGCCGAGCUCAUGUAUAUUAA